GGGAAAGCUGUCGUCCCCCGAACUACCCUGUCCAUAGUCCUCUGUUACUAAUAGUAAUACCACCCUCAACACCAAAUAUUUACAUCGAGUUCAAGCAUAUCAUCACUGCUCAAACCUAUACUACCACAUCUUGAUGAAUAUACGAACCGAAGGCGAUAUGGAAUCCAAAACUGACGAUGAUAAAUAUUCAGUCAUCUUGCCGACUUACAACGAACGACGGAACUUGCCUAUCAUGAUCUGGUUACUUGCGCGAACGUUUGAUCAACAUCAAAUCGAUUGGGAGGUGAUCGUAGUAGAUGAUAAUUCUCCUGACGGCACAUUGGAGGUUGCUCAACAACUACAACGGUUAUACGGUCCGCAUCGAAUCAUUAUUCGACCCAGAGCCGGUAAACUAGGUCUCGGAACGGCAUAUAUGCACGGCUUAUCGACAUGUACUGGCACCUUUACGAUCAUCAUGGACGCCGAUUUCUCUCAUCAUCCCAAGUAUUUGCCCACCUUUAUUGCUCUCCAACGGGCACACGGCCUGGACAUCGUCACCGGCUCUCGUUAUCGUCCUGGCGGCGGCGUACACGGUUGGGACUUCAAAAGGAAACUCGUCAGCAGAGGCGCAAACAUGCUUACAUACAUUCUUCUCGAUCCUGGCGUCAGCGAUGUCACUGGCUCAUUCCGAUUAUAUCGGACAUCAAUCCUAAGAGAAUUGAUCCAAAAAACAACAUCACGAGGUUAUGUGUUCCAAAUGGAAAUCAUCGUGAGGGCCCGAUCGAUGGGAUGCAGGAUGGGGGAAGUGCCGAUCACGUUUAUUGAUCGAUUGUAUGGGGAUAGCAAGUUGGGGAAAGAUGAGAUCUUGGGCUUUGUCAAAGGUCUUUGGAAACUGUUUUGGACUAUCUAAGAAGCCCCCUCUUAAUAUUAUCUCCUCAUCUCGCACAUCUCACCGAUUGUCUUUUUUUUCUUGUUCAGCUAGGGUGUUGUCAAAAUUAAUUUAUCCUGAAUUCAUUCUUUAUUUUCAAUUUGACCUCGCAAUUAUUCGUGACCUUGAAAUUU